AUGGUGAAGAUUAUAAUGAGAUGUGUCAGCACUGUUACUUAUUCUGUUCGGAUUAAUGGGCUACCUAAAGGGCGUAUUAUUCCUUCUAGGGGUUUACGUCAAGGGGACCCUCUUUCUCCUUACUUAUUUUUACUUUGUGUUGAGGGCUUAUCUGGUUUGCUUAGACAGCAGGUGGAGAAAGGCAGUAUCAAAGGAGUAGCUGUCUAUCGCGGUGCUCCUCUGUCUGGGCAACAACUGAAUAGGAGUAAAACCUCUUUGUUUUUUAGCAGAAAUACUCCAAGACCAAUUCAGGAGGAGAUACAAAGGAGGUUUGGGGCUCCAGUGAUCCGGCAACAUGAAAAAUAUUUGGGGUUACCUUCUUUGGUGGGGCGAUCUAAGAGGAAUACCUUCAAUGAUCUUAAGGAGAAGUUGGGGAAUAAAUUAUCUGGCUGGAAGGAGAAGCUUCUGUCAAGUGCAGGCAAAGAAAUCUUGAUUAAAUCAGUAGCCCAAGCUAUUCCGGCCUAUACUAUGAGCUGUUUUAAGCUCCCUGAUGCUCUGUGUGAUGACCUUGCAGGCAUGGGGUGGAGGCUUCAGAAUUGUCCAAAUUCAUUAUUUCACCGAGUGUAUAAAGCUAAGUAUUUUCCAAAUGGUGAUUUUUUAAAUGCGUCGUUGGGGAGGCAUCCAUCAUAUUCUUGGCGUAGUAUUAUGGAAGCUCAAAAGGUUAUUCAAUUAGGAUGUCGCUGGCAGAUUGGUAAUGGAGCUUCGGUUAGCUUGUGGAGAGAUAAGUGGUUGCCCUCUCUGCCAUCACACAAGCCUGCAACUGUGCCUCAUUUCUUCCCUGAUGAUGCCUUAGUUUCUGCCCUGAUUUACCCAGAGACAGCAACUUGGAAGUCAGAUAUAAUCCAUGAGGUUUUUCUUCCUUUCGAUGCCGAAGCUAUUCUUUCUAUUCCGCUUAGUUUGUCGCUGCCUACUGAUAGGUUGAUUUGGACCUACACUCCUUCAGGCCGGUUAACUGUGAGUAGUGCUUACCGUGUAGCUCGCCAAGCUCGGUGUGAUACUCAUCAAGGAGAAAGCUCGACCUCAUAG